ACGAUGGAAGAGUUAUCAAAGCCAGAAAAUUGGAAGAAAAUGAACGACAAAAUGUAUUGCAAUCAACAUUCGGGCAAGAAAUUGAAAGUUUACUGCGAAACCUGUGAUCAACUGAUUUGUAGGGACUGCAUGGAUUUUAAACACGUCAAGCAAGGUCAUUCGUGUGUUCUCGUCAAGGAUGUAGCGAACAACUAUAAGGAACUACUUGCUUCGAAUGGUAAAGCAAUGGAAGACGCUUUAACUGAAGGCAAUGUAUUUCUUCAAAGAUUAACGCUGACGGCAGAACAACUUGAUCGCGAUGCAGAAAAUGCCAAAAAUAAAAUUGCACAAAGAAAAGCAUUCGUAGCGAAGAAAGUCAUCGAAAUGUUGGAUCAAAAAGCUGAAACUCUUCUUAAGAAAGUAGAUGAAAUUCAGAAAGGCAAACGAGCCAGUUUGGACAGACAGGCGGAAGAAUCCAAGUUAUACGUAGAGAACAUAAAAACGUCUGUUCAACUUUCCAAAAAGUUGGUCGACCAAGGCUCAGAAGUAGAAAUUAUUUCCUCUCAGAAAAUGAUGCUGGAUAACGCAAAUAAUCUCCUAACAAAACGCGAAGAGUAUUUCAAAGCACCUAUACCCGUUGCAAAAUUGAGUUACACUUCCUCUACUGGCAAAGAACCAAUAAACGAAGAGAUUUUGAGAGCACUAGCAAACAGUUUAGGAGAGGUCAAUGAAGGGAAUAAAGACGAAGGUAAGGAACCAGUACAUUAUUUAUGGAUGGGCUGGGCAAGAGCAAAAAUUAUGAGAUUACAUGUUUGUGGGCAUGGCCUCCUCCUUCAUAUUGUGCAAUCCUACGGUAGAUAAAUAAUCCAUUUUAUAUACAUUAACAUUUAUUCUAUCUGACAUCAUAUAUAACAUGUAUUUGCUACAGCUACAUAAAAAAUACUUUCUAGCUAAAUUAAAUUUUCUCUUGGGACUUGAGGUGUAAUUUCUCUUGCGAAUUCAGGUGCAAGGGUGUGUGCAUGGAUAUAUAAGAUUUGAAAUUUUAAAGUUUAUAUUUUAAAAUCAGUGGGCAAAAUUAUAGAAAAUAUUCGGGAAAGAUAAAAGAAAACGGGCAAAUGUAUUAAAGAUGUGAAGUUGGAAAUAUCUUAGGUCAGGAUGAUUUUCCCUGUCCCCUAUCGGCAACAUUUCCGGGGGAAAUUUUAAAUUCGGACAUUUUAUGGAAGUAAUUAGCCCACCCUCCAAAAAUAACAACUGUUCCUCCGCCACAGGCAUAUAAAUGUGAUUUUCUAGCUUUGUUCCCUUUUAAAAUACCGCAUUCAGGAUUCCACGCGAAUUCCAGUAGAGAAUCCGAUUUACAAUACACAACUUUUCCGAUUUACACUACACAACUUUUCCGAUUUACACUACACAACUUUUGCCUAAAAUUGUCGCAUGGAACCUGCUUACAAUUUGAGUUGUACUGUGUAAAUCAAGCACAGAACUCCCUUACGACAACGUGCAUGCGACACGGCGACAGUUGUGUACUAAUGGAUGAACAAACAAACAAACUCGUUUUUAGGGCAAGCUGGAAAUGAAAAAAGGGCAAAGACAUUAUUCCGCGAUGACAUUCCAACCACCCCCAGAGCUGUCAAGCAAUCAUCAGUUAUCUUAUCUCCAGCAAUUGACCAUCCUGAGCAAAUUCAUGUGACCGCGCAGGGUUUGUAAUGCAAUAGUCUUUUUUCCUUCGGUCAAUUUUUCUAAAAAAAAUUAUUUUAAAAGUGCUAGUCAUUUAUUGCGAUAUACUCAAUUUUUAAAAAAUUCUAUUCUAUCUUUGAUAUGAUCUCCGCUAGAAGUAUAAAGAAUGCGCAGGCGGUUCUACUUUCAAAAAAGUCCCCAUUUUACAUAAAUAGCAAAAAUGUUAUGUCAUUGAUCAGUGAAGACCUUAUUUUUCGAUGCUGUUUCUUUACAACUGUAGGGAGUCACCUUAAACGUAUGCAAACAUAUAUUUAAUAUUACAUCCAUAAAGAUCAUAUAAUUUUAUACAAACUUAGUCUUUUCCACAGGCAUCCCCUUAAUUUUUAACUCAAACACUAACAUCGUAACCACCGGAGACGUUCAACCCAUUCCGUUUGCCCACUAUAAGGCGAUGUUUGCAACAAGUCUGAAGGCUUGAAGUCCUUGCAGUUAGCUUCAUUUGCUUCAACGGCUGCUGAGUUGAAAGUUGAAACCCGGAAUUUCGAUCAUUUCAGACCAAAGCAAGAACACCGAUCAGAAAGCCGGUUCCAGGGAUGACAAAUGUCCACUUUGUCUGUGUGACUUCGCAGAUAAGAAAACCUUAUCUAAAUGUGGCCAUUCAUUUUGUGCUGGCUGUAUUGACGAAACAUUUAAACAUCAAAAGAAAUGUCCAGUUUGUUCACAAGUUUACGGUCCUUUGAUUGGAAAUCAACCAUAUGGAAGGAUGUAUGAUAGUCAUCGGGCAACAUCUCUUCCUGGUUUUGGAUUGUGGGACACUAUUGUUAUAACUUACAGCUUUCCAAAUGGGACACAAGGCCCAGACCAUCUUAAUCCUGGCAAACCAUACACGAGAACAAACAAAACUGCUUAUCUACCUCGCAACAAAGAAGGGAAAAAAGUUCUUAAACUUUUAAAGAAAGCGUUCGAUCAGAAAUUGAUUUUCACAAUCGCACGAUCAACAACAACGGGAAGGGAUGAUUGUGUUGUAUGGAAUGAUAUUCCUCAUAAAACCUCGACGAUGGGAGGACCUGCAAAGUACGUAUUUGUUUCUUUAAACGACAAUUUAUAUAUCUCCGGACAAACUUGAACAAGUAUACUUCGUUGCAGUUCGUCUGUACCAGAGAGUUUUAUGAUCCACAGUAAGUGGCCGGCUCAAUGACGCAGUCUGAAUUUAAGUACAAGAAUCAAGAGUGAGCGAAGCUUUUUCAAAUGACCUUACGCCGGAACGCUAAGUUCGACUAAAGCGAUGCAAUAUUUGCUGUAAUUUCUUGAAAGAUGUGAUAAACUCAUAAUUGUUAGUUUAACGUUGUGUUAAGAUGACAAAGACAGUUUUUGUCUUGCAUGACAAAUUUCUUUUUGACAAAUUUCAACAACAACCCACUAGUUAGUGGCUCUAAUUGGGCCCUAACCUUACCCUGAGUGACCAAAAUCUUACUCUGGGGAGACAACAAUGGGCUAUAAUCUUGGUUUUGGCCGCCUACUGUAAAACGUUUAAAAUAUGCACUGGUCUAAGCUUCGCCAACAUUAAGCAGGUGUACUGGUGUAGCCGUAGUAGGUUUUAGUUCAGAUACAUAUACUCAUAAAUUUCGAGAUUCAAAUAGUUAAACAUUCCUGUGUAUUUUUUGGAUCUUAUUCUAAAUUUCAUUUCAGGUGUGGUUAUCCCGACCCAGACUACCUGAGGAGAGUGCAGGAAACACUUGCUGCAAAAGGAAUUACAGAAUAAACAAUGUGGAAGCACGUUAGUUGACGUAUCACAUUUCUUUGUGGUAUAUAUAACCAUCAUGAUAUUGAACGACAAUAAAUGGACAAUGCACAACAAUUAAUUUUUAAUCUGUUAAGCUGGGAAUAUUCCGUCGGAUGCAAGUUGCUAUUGGAGUGUGGAAGAGGGUUGGGGCUCAGACAAGGGAGGACUUAAAAAAAUUGCGUUUUCGAAGCCUCGGAAUUUCCAUGUUUGCUGAGAGGAAAUUUUAGCAAAAUUGUGCAUUUCUUGCAUUUAAAAAUUCAAGCUUUUUCAGAACCGUAUCACGUGCCGGUCAAAGAGGCCGAGAAAGCAGUGAAUUUUGUGGCCCCUCGACCGCCGUUACUGUUUCCCUCGGUCUCAGUAAAUAAGUGAUAAACUAUAUAUACAAUAUCAAUGUAAUAACAAACUGUUACGGAUAAAUAUUACGAAUAUAAGUUGAUUGUAAUUGUGCGGCACUGUGUUCUAAUAAUAUGACUAAGAUGUAAAUAUUUUUAUAACGUUGUCUUAAAGACCGAAGUCAACCCUUAGACGUUCAUGUUGCUCUUUGGACUUUGACUUUCUAGAUUCUUAAUUGAAAAUUUCGUCG